AGCAGCAGUAGGCGGGGUAAAGAUCCGUCUGAGACAGCGACGAGUGGUCGGAACCUUCUUUCCCCACCUUCCCCUUCCCCUUCCCUUCUCGGGAAAGGCUGGGACACGGCACCCGGGUUAUCUCGUGGCCGCUGCGGCCUCAACUCCUGGCAGGCCGGGUACGGAGAGUCCAGACCGCGUCCAGGGCGAGUGCUCCUGAUUGUGACAUCUGAUUAUGACAUUACAUCCAUCCCUUGGCGAUGGAGUUUGUCACUAGGAAAGAAGACUCAGUUGGAAAAUAGCCAACAAGAUGGGUUACUUGGAGCAUCUCCUGAGUGGCACUGAGUGGAGGCAUCAGGGGGUUGGAGCCUUGUGAACAGGGAACCUGCCCCCGAACACUGGAAAGGAUCUGGGUUUCAGUGAUGAGACAUGGGGUAUGAUGUAACCCGUUUCCAGGGGGAUGUUGAUGAAGACCUUAUCUGUCCUAUUUGCAGUGGAGUAUUGGAGGAGCCAGUACAGGCACCUCACUGUGAGCAUGCUUUCUGCAAUGCCUGCAUCACCCAGUGGUUCUCUCAGCAGCAGACAUGUCCAGUGGACCGUAGCGUUGUGACAGUUGCCCACCUGCGCCCAGUACCUCGGAUCAUGCGGAACAUGUUGUCAAAGCUGCAAAUUGCCUGUGACAACGCUGUGUUUGGCUGUAGUGCUGUUGUCCGUCUUGACAACCUCAUGUCUCACCUCAGUGACUGUGAGCACAACCCGAAGCGGCCUGUGACCUGUGAACAGGGCUGCGGCCUGGAGAUGCCCAAAGAUGAGCUGCCAAACCACAACUGCAUUAAGCACCUGCGCUCCGUGGUACAGCAGCAGCAGACACGUAUUGCAGAGCUGGAGAAGACAUCAGCUGAACAUAAACACCAGCUGUCAGAGCAGAAGCGAGACAUCCAGCUGUUAAAGGCAUACAUGCGUGCAAUCCGCAGUGUCAACCCCAACCUUCAGAACCUGGAAGAAACGAUUGAAUACAACGAGAUUCUAGAGUGGGUGAACUCCCUGCAGCCGGCCAGAGUGACCCGCUGGGGAGGGAUGAUCUCGACCCCAGAUGCUGUGCUCCAGGCUGUAAUCAAGCGCUCCCUGGUGGAGAGUGGCUGCCCUGCCUCUAUUGUCAACGAGCUGAUUGAAAAUGCCCAUGAACGUAGCUGGCCCCAGGGUCUGGCCACACUAGAGACAAGACAGAUGAACCGGCGCUACUAUGAGAACUACGUGGCCAAGCGCAUCCCUGGCAAGCAGGCUGUUGUCGUGAUGGCCUGUGAAAAUCAGCAUAUGGGUGAUGACAUGGUGCAGGAGCCAGGGCUUGUCAUGAUAUUUGCGCAUGGCGUGGAGGAGAUAUAGGAGAGCUCAACCAGCUAUGAGGAAGAAAUGGAAAUUGGAAGAGCCCCAUCACUCCAGCAGCUGGGCCUUGCGUCCUCCCCACUAUUCUUAAUGCCUCGGCUUACACUUGAGCCACACAUCUCCCUGCUGUUCUGGCACUGAAGGGCCCUCUGAAGCACUUCGCUCAGCCUUUCAAGGGAGAAACCCAGAUUCCUGCCUUUUGCCAUAUUUCUUCCCCUAAAAUGUCUGUAAAUUCUAAGUGUGGGUGGGAAAGUCCCCACCUAUGUAUUUUCCUAUGUAGGGUCCCUGGUUCUAGGUAUUUUCAGAAAGCACAAAGAGAUUUAUUUUCCCUAGAGGAUCAGGAUGGAAUGAGGAAUCACUAAUCAUCCCUGUCCUCUAAAACCAGGGAAUCAGAGCAGGCUGGCCUGUUAAUUCUAAGCGGCAUUUAUAGGACAGCUCUGAGGAGCAGACAUCCAGAAGAAAUGGUAAGGGUGGAACCAAAAUCCUAGAAGUAAAUAAGCCAGUAAUUGGCCAUCACUGAUAGCCCUUAGGGGAAGACUGGACCUCUGUGCCAAGCACAUCCCUAUUCAGCCCACCUUAAAGGUGCAGGCUCCUGCUGGGUCUGCAGGUGCACAGGUUGGAAUGCUGAAAAUUUCCAGAUGAGCUCUGUUUUCCGCUUUUUCAUAAUUAGGGAAUGACAGGGUUUGGGGUAAGAGGUAGACUAUUGGGGUUCAUAUGCUCAGCAAGAAGCUGCCCUUUGGCUUUUGCUGAAGUAGGGUAGAUACUGCCUCUGUGUCAGGCCCACAAUAGUUCCAUAUACCAUAUACCCCUCUCCAACCCUGUGAUUGUAGUUAGUUAUUUUGAUAAAUUUCCUUGGCUGUUGUUUG